GUCAGAGCAGGCGGGCCGAGGACAGGCUGGGAAACAAGAGCGUCGCCAUGCACCACCCGCGUAUCCACAGCUAGCUUGUAGAAUGCCCCAUGAAGACCUCGACACAGGCCGUUUUGCUCGCUCCGGGCCACACAUUGUCGCGUUAUUUCUUAGACUCAACAUGUGGGGAGGUAGCGGGUGUUAUGGAAGAGACGGCUUUUAAGUUCGACUCCAGGGUUUCGCUCGGUGUAGCGUGGCAAGAGGCGGUGGACCACUUCCAAAGUUGUCGGUUAGCAGGGCGCGUGUGAAGGGUUGGAAUUAAAGGCGCCGCGCGCCCGUUUUUAGCGGCAAACAUGGAGAAGCAGCAAAACGAUUUGGAGCGAGAGCGCCAGUACUGUGAACUUUGUGGGAAAAUGGAGAACCUUUUGAAGUGCGGUAGGUGUCGGAGCUCCUUCUACUGCAGCAAGGAACACCAAAAGCAACACUGGAAAGAACACAAACUUAUUUGCAAGGAAGUGGACAAGACGCAACCACCUAAACAGAAGCUCGAUCAACCGCCCGGGGAUGAGAAGGCGCCAGAUAAAUGCCCGAAGAAGAACAGCCACGAGCAGGCAGACACCGAUGCGCCUUCGCCACAAACCACAAACACGGAGCAGCAGGAGGGUGGAGAGCAUUUGGCUGAGGAUGGCCCCAACUAUCCCGCCACACCUAAUGGACAAACGACAUCUCCACAGAAACUGGCCACGGAGUAUGUCAUCCCGUGUCUGAACAAGCACGGCAUCUGCGUGGUAGACGACUUCAUGGGCGAGGAGACUGGGCUCAGCAUCCUGGAGGACGUCAAGGCCCUGCAUAAAACCGGCCGGUUCACGGACGGUCAGGUGGUCAGCCAGAAAAGUGACUCAACUAAAGACAUCCGUGGGGACAAAAUCACGUGGGUGGACGGGAACGAGGCCGGCUGUGAGAAGAUCCGCUUUCUCACCAGUCGCAUGGACAACUUGGUCAGACAUUGUAACGGCAAACUGGGCAACUACGCCAUCAACGGAAGGACAAAAGCAAUGGUAGCUUGUUACCCUGGAAACGGGACCCGUUACGUGCGCCAUGUGGAUAACCCCAACGGCGAUGGACGUUGUGUCACAUGCAUAUAUUACCUUAAUAAAGAUUGGAAUGCCCAGGAACACGGCGGCCUUCUUCGAAUCUUCCCAGAAGGAAGUGACCAAGUUGCCGAGAUAGACCCCAAAUUUGACCGUCUACUUUUUUUCUGGUCAGACAGACGAAACCCCCAUGAGGUUCAGCCUGCUUAUGCUACCAGCAGGGAAUCAGUGUUCCCAUUAUGUCUCUGCAGGUAUGCCAUUACCGUGUGGUAUUUUGAUGCAGAUGAGCGAGCCAGAGCUAAAGAAAAGUACCUAACAGGUGCAGGAGAAAAAGGAGUAAAGGUUGAACUCGGCAAGCCAUCCGAUCCCAGCUAAUGCAAAGACUGCGCCAGCUCCAGGCAGCCAAUAAGUGCUCUGUCCCCAGAAAGUGGCCCUUAGACACCAUGUGUAUGUUUUACAUGAAGCGGCGGGAAUCUGAUUGUGGAUGGUUUUGGAAGAAAAAAAACGAGCAUACGCAGUCAAGUGCGUUCAUAUUAAGUCAACCUUGACAGCCCAACGGACUUUGAAUGUCAUGCCAUUGUACCGAAAGGGAUGGUGUGUCUUUUUUUUUUUUUACUUCCCUCUCCUGGCCAGCCCAUCGUCUAUUUACAAAGGUGAACAUUAGCACCACAACCAACACUUUCACAUAACUGGCAGGAAUCAAGCUCAUCUCUCAGUGGAUUCCUUCAAGGUACAGCGUACUGCAUCAACGCCAUGCAUUAUGCUUUUCACAUGGAAUCAUCCUUUAUAUGCUGCUGUCUGGAAAAUGUGCUUGAGUUUGCAACAAUUAUGAAACAGAUAGAUUAAAACCACAUUUAUCCUGACAGAAUCACAAUGGUCUUAGUUUGUGUUUCUUGUCCUCUUCAUCAAAUAAGCUGGAUAGUGUCACCCCUCCAAGAAAGCAAAUCUGAUCUUUGAUGCCCCCUGCGGGACGUCAAUGGUGUAGCACGCAUUGAUUUCUUAUGUUUUCAUAUGUACCUUAAUGCAUUCAUUUCCAUGUAAUGGAAGUUGAAUGACAAAAGGUCACAAAUUAAUUUUGCCAAAUCUGUCUUAAAGUGUUUGUCGCGACUGUUUCGCAUAUUGAGUAGGGAACCCGUUUUGUAUAACUUUAAAAAGACCCUAAUGAGAAAUGAGGGGGAGCUUUUACAGAGUGUUUCCUACAUUUGCCGACGAAUCAGCAGCCAGAAAUAUCUUCAUUAAAUCAGUAGACAGUAUUUAAUUUGUCCAUUUCUAGCACAAUUAAAAUUUCAGGUACAAUCUGUAUGCAUAUCUCUAUACAAUUUGGACUUCAGCCUGAUGAUAAUAGUGUCAAUAAAAUGAGUGAAUUUACAAAGCAAA